AUGCUCACGUGGUCGCAGCAGCUCGGCGGCCGGCCGGCGGAGCUGGAGAAGCUCCCGUCAGACCACUACCUGCCGGAGCGCUACCCGCAGAUCUGGAAGCGUGCGUGCGACGCAGCCAUCUCACAGGCUGUGUUGAUCAAUCUCACGGCGCGGCAGCGGGAGCUGCCUUCGUGCUCCUCCGCCAAGAGACGAGCUGGUCUGGGAAGGAUGACGGUUGGGCAGCACAUACACGGUCUCUCUGGCGCCGCCUUUAGCUCCAGGGCGGUGUGCGCUCUGGAGGCGCCUCGCGGCCGCCCUGGCCGGGUGUGGCAGUGGCUGCGAGGCGCCCCUUGCGCCGCUGACGGCUGGCUCUGCCUCUUCCGCCCGUUUGACGAGCCUCCAGCGCCGAGCGCGCCGGCCGACCACUGCUCGAAUCGAUGGGCCGGGGCCGCUUCCCCGCGCUGGGACCGCUUCCUCUGGCUCGCCGCCUACACGCAGCUCAUCUCGCGCCCGUCAGAGGCGACGCUCGCUUGGGCGGCGGAGCGGCGGCGGGAGCUGCGGCCGCAUCUCGCGGGCCCGUGCGCGCGCUUCCCGGCCGUGUCGUUGCAGGCGCGGCGCGGAGACAAGUGCAACAGCGCGAACGCGCGGAUGCGGCCGCAGCACUCCUUCUCGUGCGGAGGCCUCGCGGCGUACUUGCCCGCGCUGCGGGCCAUCCGGCACGCCUACGGCUCGCGCGCCGCUCCUGCGCGCUGCGCGUCGCCACGGAUGGCCGGGGCGCUGCCUGAGCUGGAGGGGUGGCACGUGCUCUACCACGCCUUCAACCGCACCGCGCACGAGGCGCAGCGCUGCGAGCCGAUGCCCGUCUGCCAGUGGAUCGAGUACCGCCGCGAGAAGCUCGGCAUCGACACGGCGGGCAUGGGCUUCUCCCUCGCCGCCGACCUGCACCUGCUGGCGGGCGGCGGCGUCUUCGUCGGCCAGUUCGACUCAGAGACGGGGCGGAUCGCCUACCUGCGCAUGGCCGCGCGCCUCGGCCUCGCCCCUCCCUUCUGGCACUACCAGUCGACAAAGGAGCGCGCCCGCGCCUGGCACCCGUUUACGCGGCGGCCGCGCAUGUGGGCGGAGGUCUAG